AUGACCCCGUAUGAGCCCGGUUCAUGCCAGGUGUCACCCACCCAUUGGAGACGCGUUCGCGAGUUCACGAGGAGGAAAGCGGAGAGAAAGCAUUUUCUCUCAUUUCUUAAAAAAGCUAGGGUUUCUCUCCGAAAGGCGAUUUUGGUGCGACGCAGACCGUUCUUCACUUUUCUCUAUCUAAUCGACGACAGAGUGUCUCCUCUACGAGCCCAGAUGGAUCCCGGGGAAGAUAGAAGAAAUACAAAGAGGAAAGAGGAGUACUACAACAGCAAGGAUCCGAUAGUUAGUAACCAGCAGAAGUUAGGGUCGUUUUGGAAUAGAAUAGCAGAGUACUUCAAUUCAAGCCCUCAGCUGAGUGGCUUCGCUCCUAGAGAGUGGAGUCAGUGUAAGCAGAGGUGGAGAAGAGUUAAUGAGCAGGUCUGUAAGUUUGUGGGAAGUUAUGAGGCCGAAUUGAAGGAACAAGCUAGUGGUCAAAAUGAGAACGAUGUCAUGAAGUCUGCCCAUGACAUCUUCUUUAACGACUACCAGCUCAAGUUCACACUCGAGCAUGCGUGGAGGGAACUGAGGUUUGAUCAAAAAUGGAGAUCAAACUCUGUUUCCAGAGAUGGUCCAAAGGAGAAAAGAAAGGAAGCUGCGGAAACAGAGCCUGAGUUGGAAGAGGUUAGGCCUCCUGGUAUUAAGGCUUCCAAAGCUGCGAAACGAAAGAAGCACGGGAAUGAAGCAGCUCUUGAUCAGAUAGAGAGCAUACUAGCUAAGAAAACUAUCAUAUCAAACCGGAAAAUCCUUGAUCGUCUCUUAGGCAAAAAUGCAGAUACACUUUCUGAUCAAGAAAAGACACUCAAGAAUAAACUGAUAUCUGAAAUGCUUUGA